AUGGAGUAUUACGAGCUAUGCAAAUUAGACGAAACUGUACCUUUGAAAAAACAGAAUCCAUUUGCUCCUAAACUUCCAUUUAGACUAGGAGUUGCGGGCACCUCUGAGUCAGGAAAGACAAAGAUGGUAGUACAUCAGCUCCUAGGAAGUAAAUAUCCAAAAGUAUAUCUAUGGAUGUCUGGUGAAAAACGUGGUCAUAAAAUACCAAAAGGCGGAAGCAAAAAUUUUGGAGAGUUUUAA